AUGAACCUCGACCCGCUCGCGGGCGUGGGGAGGGUGCACUACGACGACGACGACGGCAGCGAGACGGUCACGUCGGUCAGCCCGGACGCAGCCUCCCUCGAGCAGGCGGGCGACGAAGAUCGGUAUGACGAGCGCACCGAGGACGGCUCGACGGUAGCGCCGCCUGCGAGCGGCUGGACGACCUUUAUGAGGUACACGUUUGUCUUCGCCGUGACUGCGGGGCUGUAUGCCCACUACACUCACGCCAUCGGCCUCGUCGCCUUUUGCAACGGCGAGUGCAGCGGCCCGGCGGAGCGUGGCUCCUACCAGGGCCUACGGGCCCACGUCGGGGGGAGGGCGCACCCCCAGGCGGGCAAGGACUUUGUGUUGUGA